CGAAUUAGUCUGGUUGUAUAUGCUCUUAGACAGCGAGAGAAGAAAGGUAAAUUAGACACACUCACGCGCGUGCGAGAGACCAAACAGUAGAGAGCAAAGAGCCACACCAACCCCGGUGCCACUGCCACGGUUUAGCUAAGUUAUAAGCUAACAUCAUGGCUUCGCUGCAGCUGCAAGCUGUCGGUGUCAUCAUGGCUUUGGUGGCUGGCGCCGGUGCCGCGCAGAGCUUCGAGUUCCACGAGGCCACCGUCGAUGCCAUCCAGCUCGGCUUCAGCAACGGGACUCUGACCUCGACGGCGCUGGUCCAGUUCUACCUGGACCAGAUCGGCCGGCUCAACCCACUGCUGCACGCCGUCAUCGAGGUCAACCCGGACGCGCUCCCGCAGGCCAAGCAUGCCGACGCCGAGCGCCGCCGCGGCACGGCCACAGGCGCGCUGCACGGGGUCCCUAUCCUGCUCAAGGACAACAUCGCUACCCGGGACGCGCUCAACACUACGGCGGGCUCCCUCGCUCUCCUCGGCUCUGUGGUGAAGCGUGACGCCGGCGUGGUGGCUCGGCUCCGGCGCGCAGGCGCCGUGGUGCUCGGCAAGGCCAGCCUGUCCGAGUGGGCUAAUUUCCGCCCAGUCGACAACGGGUGGAGCGCCCAGGGCGGUCAGGCCCGGAACCCGUACGUCCUGUCGUCCACCCCGUGCGGCUCGAGUGCCGGCUCAGGCGUGGCCGCGGCGGCGAACAUGGCGGCCGUGACGCUGGGCACCGAGACUGACGGCUCCAUACUCUGCCCGUCGUCGUUCAACUCCGUGGUUGGCAUCAAGCCCACCCUCGGUCUCACCAGCCGCGCCGGCGUCGUCCCCAUCACCCCGUUGCAGGACACCGUCGGACCGAUGUGCCGGACGGUGUCGGACGCGGUGCAUGUGCUGGACACCAUCGUCGGCUACGACGAGCACGACGCCGCGGCCACCGGAGCGGCAUCAAAGUACAUCCCCGAUGGCGGGUACACGCAGUUCCUGAAGAAAGAUGGGCUGAGGGGCAAGAGGAUCGGCGUCCCCAAUGGCUUCUUCCAGAGAUAUGGGCAGACGCAGCUGAAUGUGUACAAGCAGCACCUCGCCACAAUGAGGGGACUCGGAGCGGUUGUGGUGGAGAAGCUGGACGUCGUUGCCAAUUUGACGGCUCUAUUGGAUGAGAUUGGGUCUAACGAGGGGAUGGUGAUGCAGGCAGAAUUCAAGCUCAGCAUAAACGCCUACUUGGCAGACUUGGUCCACUCCCCGGUCCAUUCUCUUGCAGACAUCAUAGCAUUCAACAAGGCGCAUCCUGUGGAGGAGAGGCUGAAAGAUUUCGGGCAGCCCGACCUAAUCGCUGCCCAAAGCACAAAUGGCAUUGGCCCCGUGGAGAGAGCCGCGAUCCAGCGUCUGAAUGAGUUGAACGCGAAUGGGCUGGAGAAGAUGAUGAAGGAGCACCAGCUUGACGCGAUCGUGGCGCCUAACAGCACUAUAUCUAGCCUUCUUGCCAUUGGUGGCCACCCUGGCAUCAUUGUGCCGGCUGGUUACGACAAGAAGGGGGUCCCCUUCGGGAUAUGUUUCGGUGGGCUGCAGGGGUACGAGCCGAGGCUGAUCGAGAUGGCCUAUGCUUUCGAGCAGGCUACCAAAGUUAGGACGCAACCCAUGUUCAAGCGCUAGCUAAAUAUAACUUCUUGAGUAGUGACAAAGUAACGUACUCUACGACCCUAAAUAGGUUCCACUUACACUUUUAUGUCUUCUUGUAAAAGAAUAAAUCUGGAUGUAUUAUUUUUUGGUCCAGCAAGUAACUCUGCGUAAACUAGCAACGUGACACUAAAGGUGAAGCAACAAGCAUCAUCUAUAGGUAGACAAUAGAGUACUCCAGCCAACGUUACAGCAAAGGAAAGCAUCCUUACUCUUCUCUAGGAGCAGCACCCUCCACUGGGGACAAUAAAGCAAUUGAUUUAACUAAGGCCUCCUUUUGUCAUAGGGUAGAAAAAAUACAUAGA